GGGGUAUCGCAGAAGUAGAGACGGCAGGGGCGAGGGAAAGCAUCCGAACUAAUCAAACGACUACAACAAGCUUUCAGUUCGAAACGUCUAGCUCGCUGCUUCUGCCGUGGCGCUACGAAAUGCUGAAGCUAUCACUACUAAUGCUGCUGCUGCUGCUGCUGUUGUCGCUGUCCUCAUCCACAUGUGCAUCCACAUUGUCACAGUUGCCAUCUCGGCCUCCGGAGUGCCGUCACUGCCGUCGGACGACGGCGACGGCGACGGCGACGCCCUCCUGGCAUUCAAGUUCAGCGCCGACCCGCGCGGCGGCCUUCUCGGGUUCUCCCCCGCCGAUCCCACCCCGUGCCGCUGGCGCGGUGUCGGGUGCUCCGCCGAGGGCAAGGUCAUCCGCCUGGUCCUGGAGUCCCUCUCCCUCAACGGCACCUUCCCUCCCUCCUCCCUCUCCCGCCUCGACCAGCUCCGCGUCCUCAGCCUCAAACGCAACUCCCUCUCCGGCCCCAUUCCGAACCUCUCCACGCUCACCAAUCUCAAGGCCCUGUUCCUCGACCACAACCUCUUCUCGGGGCCCUUCCCCUCGUCUCUGCUCUCCCUCCGCCGCCUCCGCACCCUCGACCUCGACGCCAACCGCUUCGCAGGCCCCGUCCCGCCCCUCAACCAGUCCUCCCUCCGCGUCUUCAACGUCUCCAGCAACAACCUCUCCGGGCCCGUGCCCGUCACCGCCCCGCUCUCCGCCUUCGGCGCCUCCGCUUUCGCCGCCAACCCCGGGCUCUGCGGCGUCGUCGUCCGCCGCGAGUGCGGCUCCCACUUCGCCUUCUUCUGCUGCGGCGGCGGCCGCAAUGCCUCCGCCGUCGCUCCGUCUCCGAUCGCUGCCUCGUUCGCCCCUCGCGGGAAGAGCGAGGGGCUGCUCCUGCCGGGCUCGACCUCGCCCUCCAGAAAAUUGCACAAGAGCGCCGUCGUGGUGAUCGGCUUCGUCGCGGGCGCGUUCCUCGUCAUCGGAUUCGUCGGGGUUUCCGUCGCCGUCAAUAAGAAGAAGCGGAGGACGAUGAUGAUGACUCAGGGGAAUAUACUGACGCCCGAUAAGAGCGCCCCCACAAGUGGGGAAAUGUACGUCGGCGAUGUCGAGCGCGCGGGCAAUGAGCUUGCCGUGGCGGCUGCUGCGGCAAUGGUGUCGGAGGAGAAGGUGAAGAGAUUGGGGAAGAGCGGAUGCUUGGUGUUCUGCGCGGGAGAGGCCCCGGGCUACACGCUGGAGCAGCUGAUGCGGGGGUCCGCUGAGAUGCUCGGGAGGGGGAGUGUGGGGACGACGUACAAGGCGGUGCUGGACAACCGGCUGAUCGUGACCGUGAAGCGGGUGGAUGCAGUGAGGAUGGCGGCGGCAGGAAAGGAGGGGUUCGAGCGGCACAUGGAGGAGGUGGGCAGGCUCCGGCACCCCAACAUCGUGCCGCUGCGGGCCUACUUCCAUGCCAAGGAAGAACGGCUGCUCGUCUAUGACUACCAGCCCAAUGGAAGCCUCUUCUCCCUCAUUCAUGGCUCAAGAUCGUCGCGGGCCAAACCCCUCCACUGGACUUCAUGCUUGAAGAUAGCGGAGGACGUCGCACAGGGCCUUGCCUACAUCCAUCAGGCGUCGAGGUUGGUCCAUGGAAAUGUCAAGUCCUCCAAUGUCCUCCUCGGCUCGGACUUUGAGGCAUGCCUCGCCGACAAUUGCCUCUCCUUUCUUGUCGAACCAUCGGAAGCAGAAGACGACAGCUCAGCGUGCAGAGCACCGGAAUCUAAAAAGUCGAAUCAGAGGAUGACCCCAAAAUCGGACAUCUAUGCCUUUGGUGUGCUUCUUCUCGAGCUACUCACUGGGAGGCCUCCACUUGAACACUCGGCUCUGGCUGGCAUGGAUCUUUCAACUUGGGUUCAAUCAGUUAGAGAAGAUGAAGGGGCCGACGAAAAAGAACGGCUUAUGAUGAUUGUUGAUAUCGUGGCUGCAUGCGUCCAGUCUUCACCAGAGAGCCGGCCCACCACUUGGCAGAUUCUGAAGAUGAUUCAAGAAGUGAAGGAGACUGAUGCUGGCGACAAUGACAGUGAUUUAACCAGCACGUCCUAAGCUUUGUUGUCAAUGAUUCCAAGUCUGUCGGGCAACAUGUAUUGCUGUCCUGCUCUAUUUGGCUCAAUAUUCUGACAGAAGAGAAAAAUGCCUAUAUUAUUUAUUUGGUAUCAUAUAGUUCUCGACUAGGAAUUGUAGUUGACUAGUUUAGGCUCUUGGAUGGUCGGUCAUUAUCUCGGUGGCUGGUGGCUUUUAAAGCUUACAACUAUUAUAGAUGUGGUAGUAUUUCCGGGGAUAGAUUGCUCGAGCAGGCAAUCUGCAUUUCUCAUGUUUGUUAUCUUGUAAAAUAACUGGUUUUGAACCCUCGUGUUAUUCUACGAAUUGCUUUGGGGCCCAGAGCAAUUCGAUUCAGGGCCUGUCCGGAAGCAUCGGAAGCAGAAGACGACAGCUCAGCAGCGUGCAGAGCACCGGAAUCUAAAAAGUCGAAUCAGAGGAUGACCCCAAAAUUCCUCUGGUGACAAGUUAUGUGGUAUGAUGAUUUCUUUUCCCCACUUGUUUGGCCAUGUGUGAGUUUAAUUGUACUUCUUUGUAAGGUCCUUAUUGUAUUGAUUUUCGAAUAUAACACAUUAAAUCUAUGCUGUUGAUUAUCGUAUUUGACAAAAAUGGAAGGUUAGCAUACAUUA